ACAACGCAUGCGUGUAAAUCGGUAUUUCGGGCACUUCAAUAUGUUCAUGACAAUGUAACACAAUAUGUUGUCGUAAACUUUUUAAGAUUUAAGUCUGUGAAGUUAUCUUGAAAAUUUAAACUACGUGAAAUUAUUUUGAUAUUUAAUCUUUCUAUAUUCGGAUAAUAUUGCAUUCAAAAUUUUAAUUUUUUAAAAUCGAUUCGCAAAAAAAUAAAAUCAAAUAAUAGAUAAAGAAAAAUAACAAGAAGAAGGAAUCAUUAUUCUUGGUGAAAUUUCUCCAUCACGAAAACUCAAUUUUCCAUCAGCUACUCAUAUAAUGAAUACAACCAAUCAGGAUGAAAUUCAUAUGACAACACCAGAAUUAAUUACAGCCCAUGGUUAUAAAUCAGAAACACAUCAUAUUUGGACUGAAGAUGAAUAUUGUUUAGAUAUACAUCGAGUUUUACCAAAAUCAUAUCAAAAUUCUACUUACAAUUAUGGAAGUUGUGAAAUCUCAACAAAAGGAUCUAUACCUGUUCUCAUUCAUCAUGGACUACUAUCAAGUUCAGCUGAUUGGGUAUUAUUGGGUCCAAAGAAAGCUCUAGCAUAUAUUUUAUGUGACAACAAUUAUGAUGUUUGGUUAGGAAAUGCAAGAGGCAAUGCAUAUUCUAGAAAACAUAAACAAUAUACAACUAAAGACAAAGCAUUUUGGAAUUUUAGUUGGCAUGAAAUUGGUUAUUAUGAUUUACCGGCAAUUAUAGAUUAUAUUUUAGAGCAUACUGGAUAUAGGAAGCUCUAUUAUAUAGGUUACAGUCAAGGUACAACUGCAUUUUAUGUAAUGGCUAGUGAAAAAUCUGAAUACAAUCAAAAAAUUAAAGGAAUGGUCAGUUUGGCACCAAUAGCAUUUCUCUCAAACCAGAGAAGUCCUUUAUUUAAAUUUAUUGUUCAUUUCUAUGGAUUAAUGGAGUGGGGAUCCUCUUAUUGCAAUGUACAUCAAUGGUUCCCCCGAAAUAGGUUACAAGCACAAACUUUGGGUACAAUAAUUCGAAAUGCUCCAGGCAGUCUUACUAAAGGUUUUUGUGUAUGCUGGUUUUCUUUAAUUGCUGGAUUUGGUAGUGAUCAGUUAGACAAAUCUAUGUUACCAUUAAUUUUGGGACAUUUUCCAGCUGGAGCUUCUGCAAAACAAAUUAUUCAUUAUAGUCAGAGUAUAUUAUCAGGAUCAUUUCGUAAAUUCAAUUAUGGAGCAACAGAAAACUUAAAAAUUUAUGGAUCAACACAACCACCAAAAUAUGAUCUUGAGAAAGUAAAAACACCAAUUGUAAUAUUUUAUAGUGAAAAUGAUUUUCUUACUGAUCCUACAGAUGUAAAAAAACUUAUUGAUAGACUGCCAAAUAUUAUAGAGACAAAAAAAAUUGAAUAUGCAAAAUUUAAUCAUAUUGAUUAUUUGUGGGGUAGAGAUGCUAGAACACUUCUCUAUGAUACUGUUUUAACAGUUUUACAAAAAUUCAGAUAAAAAAAUUUUUUUAUUAAAUUUAUUAUUAUGAUGAUUUGUACA